CUUCUGAUUAUGCAGGGAUUAUAACGGAGAAUAGAAAUAUAUCAGAUGAAAUACUGGAAUAUACUCCAUUCAUAGACAAUAGACAAGCCAAUGGACUCAACAGACAGUCUAAUGGUCCAAUGAUGUUUAAUUACGUUGUAUAUAUACUAGCCUACAUAUUUGAUCAAGAAUUUUCUUGGUAA